AUGGUUCACGAUCUUUUGCUGCGAGGGAAGGGAAACUGGCCAACGGUCAGCCAGUCAAGAGCAAUGGUGAAGCCCACAAGAAAACCGGCGAUAUUCACUCUCUUUCGCUUAUUCCUACUCGAUCAUGUUCCCCUGUUCUUUGGUCAAACGAAAACAUCCGUCAAACAAAGAAUCGACAACAGAAUUACGACACAACAAUCGGAAUGUCAUCAAAUGGCAGUUUUUAACAGUCAAUCGACAAUUCAAGUUGGAGGACGUUGGAAUCAUAGUAAAGGAAGAGUUGACAGGCCAUUUUUAGGUGUUGUUUCGGGAUUAGUCGUUAAUGGCGUAAGAAUUUUAGAAUUAUCAGCCGCCAAAGAUGGGAAAAUAACAUCAAGAGGUGACGUUCAAUUAUUGCCAAUGGGCAGUCUCGUCGAUAAAGCCGCGCCACUACAAAGGAUGCAACAAACUCCCGCUUCAGGAUCCCCGGGUGUCAUGGACGACCUAAUUUUCUCCGGCGCCGGAAGUGGCUGUUCCGGAGAUGACGAGGACGAGGAAUGUACACCUAUUGUCGACAAUGGCGCUGACGAUUUGAUAACGCCAGUUUACGUGGCGCCAACUAGGUCACCAACUGUAUUCAAACCAAAGUACAUUAAUAAGGACAAUAUUCAAAUUCGACCGUCAUGCGACGACGAGGAGGACUGCGAGGAGGGUUCAGGUGAUCCUGGAACAACGCAAGAAGUGUUCGUCACCUCCGCAACUGAUUCGAGCUCGGUGACAUUUACAACACAAAGAGAGAUUGCAACAAGCCACAUCAGCACCUUGACAACAUUGACAGGAUCAACAUCGCCACGAGGAAUUGUGACAGUUGUUUCGACCCUAUACAAUGUCUCAACUGCCGGCACAGAAACAACUCAAACCAGUGCUGUGACAACGCAACGUCAGCGUACGUCAUCAGUGACCAGUACAGCAUCAACGACAACAUCAUCAACAACAACCACCGAAAUGACGGAACGUCACACACCAAUACCACCAGGUGUUGGCGACACUGAAUUUAAACCCUUCACAUUACGUCCCAAAGUGACCAACAACAAUAACAAAAGGAUAACAUCAGAAACAGCAGAGAAUGCAGCAUUAAUUAUCGGCAUUAUUGCCGGUGCACUAAUAGCAAUUGUUCUAAUAAUUUUAAUAAUUCUCAAAUUUAAAAGUCGACCCGAGGCCAAUUAUAAGGUCGACGAGAACAAGACAUUCUGUCAAGAUCCAAAUGCCGCACUCUUAGGCACUGCCGGCACAAAUCAACCCUAUAAUGGUGCCUUGAAAAAUGGCGCCAAUGUCAAUAGGAACGGCAAAAAACGUGAAGUUAAAGACAUUAAAGAGUGGUAUGUGUAAAAUAAACCCAAAUUAAAAAAACAUUAAAAGUGUUAACAAAAAAAAAAAAAAACAUUUUUCUCUCAACUAUUAGGACUAAAAAAGAAAUAAAUAAUCUGAACGAACGAGAGAAAGCAAGCCAAGACUGACUGUUGAACAAAAACACAAAAAACCAAAAAAAAAAAAAAAAAACCAUACA